AUGCGCGAGAUCACCUACACCGCCAAGCAAGCUGAGGCUUCGGCUCGGUCCAGCAUCGACCCUGUCCUCGUCACUGAGGGAUACAGCCUCAUCGCCAAGGAGAAGGAGUUGAGCUUCCGCCAGGCCCUCAGGUACCAUUGGCGCGCUUUCCUUUGGUCCAUGUUCCUCUCCCUCGCCUUGGUCAUGGACGGGUACGAUGGAUCUAUCAUCAACUCCUUCUUCGGUCUUCCCUCCUUCCUUGAGCGCUUCGGUAUUCCCAAUGCCGCGGGUGUCAAGUCCAUCCCCACCGACUACCAGGCCGCCUUCCAGAACGUCGGUCUUCCGGGUGCCUUCAUCGGUCUCUUCCUCUGCGGUUGGGGUCAGGAGCGCUUCGGGUCUCGCAAGACCUACAUGUCCGGAAUGGUCGCCUGCAUCGCCAUCGUCUUCCUCUUCGUCUUUGCCCAGUCUCUCGGCAUGCUCCUCGGAGCGCAGGCUAUCUCUUCCGCUUGCUGGUCCCUCUUCAACACCCUCUCUGCCGCCUACGCCGCCGAGAUCUGCCCCAUUCAGCUCCGAGGUGUCGCUGCUUCCUUCAUCUCCAUGUGUUGGGGUAUGGGUGGUUUCAUCGCUUCAGGUGUCAACCGCGGCGCACUCAGCAUCCCGGGCGACUGGGGAUGGCGCAUGGCAUACAUGGUUCAGUGGGUCUGGCCCGUCCCCCUCCUGAUCGGCACCUAUUUCGCCCCUGAGAGUCCCUGGUGGUUGGUCCGCAAAGGCCGCAUCGAGGAGGCCAAGCGCACGCUCACUCGCAACGCUUGCCCGGGCUACUGGGACAACCGCAACAUCGACGCCUACAUCGCCGUCAUCCAGCACACGGACGAGAUCGAGAAGAUUGAGGCCGCCAAGGGUUCCUUCUGGGACCUCUGGAGGGGAUCCAACCUCCGCCGCACCGAAGUCGAGAUGGGCGUUUGGGCGAUGCAGGUCCUUUCGGGUACGGCCAUGACUGCCUAUGCUGUCCAGUUCCUCCAGUCCGCCGGCAUGUCUGUCACCACCUCCUUCAACCUCAACAUAGUCAUAACGGCAAUGAACCUAGCUGACCAUGCAAUAGGUUGCGGGAUCGAAUUCGGUCUCAUCACUCGGAUCGGUCGUCGUCCUCUAAUCCUCUGGGGCAUGGUCAUCCUCGGUAUCUGCCUCGCCAUCAUCGGUAUCCUCGGCUCCAUCCCUGCCAGCGUUGGCACCCUUGCCGGUACUGGUGCCUGCUGCGCCAUCAUCAACCUCGUCUACCACGCCACCGUCGGUCCCGUCACCUACACCGUCGCCGCCGAGGUCCCCGCCUCGCGUGUCCGUGCUCGGACCGUCGCUUUCGGUCGUGCCUUCUACGUCAUCUGCUACAAUGCUACCAGUCAGCUCACCCCUCGCAUGGUCUCGGACGGUAUCGGCGGAUGGGGCUGGAAGGGCAAGGCUGCCUUCUUCUGGCUUGGAUUUAACGUCCUCGUCACCACCUGGGCCUACUUCCGCAUGCCCGAGACUGGUGGGUUCAGCUUCGCCGAUCUCGACGUCCUCUUUGCCAACAAGGUCCCCGCGCGCGAGUUCACCAAGGUCCGGAUCAUCCGUAUUGAGGAGGAAGAGAGCACUGAGCUGGACGGCAAGGACGAGGAGGCCAAGGCGGAGGCUCAGCACGUCGAGCUCCGCUAG